AUGAGGUCAAAGUUUAAGGACGAGCACUUGUUUGACAAGAGGAAGCUAGAGGCUGACAGGAUACGUCAAAAGUACCCAGAUCGUAUUCCAUGUAUCGUUGAAAAGGCCGAAAAGAGUGACAUUGCCACCAUUGACAAGAAAAAGUACCUUGUUCCGUGUGAUUUAACGGUCGGGCAAUUCGUAUAUGUCAUUCGAAAGAGAAUCAAACUAUCCCCGGAAAAAGCCAUCUUCAUAUUCGUCAACAAUGUACUCCCACCAUCAUCGUCGUUACUAAGUCAAGUCUACAAUGAGCACAAGGAUGAAGAUGGAUUCCUAUAUGUCGUUUACUCGUCUGAAAACACAUUCGGUUCUCAAGAUCAGCAGGACUAG